UUACUGCCAAAGAUGAAUCGAUUUCAGAUAAUCGAAUAUCUCUUCCAGAACCAAAAACUCCAGCAGAGUUUGCUUUACAUAUUUUACGCAAACAAUUCUACAAGAUCGCCGAUAGAAAGUUAUCAGCCAUAAUGAGUCAUAACCUGGAACAUGAGCCAGACUUUGUUCAUAAUAUAGGGCCUGGUGUUGAUCCAGUAUUUGACAAAAUAUUAAAUUCCCUGGGAUACAUUGCAAGGCAUAAACCCAAACCGGUCAUCGAUUUGGUGCUUAUUUGGAGGAAAGAAAAACAAGAAUUAAAACAAGAUGGGCCUGAACCAUCACAUAAACUAGUAAAACAGGUUCGACCAGAGACUCUGAGAGAUGAUGUUGGAAAACAACUGGAAGAUCUUGCUUUUAAACAUGUUAUAGAUUCAAGAUCGUCAAGACAUGCAAUAGCAGUUUAUGAUUUGUUCGCAGAGCUUAUUGGUGAAUUAUCAAGAAUAAGGUUCAUGUCUGUAUCUGAUCGAUUUAUUUCGGAAUUGGAACGAUAUACACCAAAUGCAUUGAAGGAGCAAGAAUCAAAAAUUGAAUUGCUGAUUAGAGGAAUGCAUUUUUUGCAAUUGAAGAUUUACCCAUUGGAAGCAUUGGAGGAAACAGCGGACUUCUUACAAAGUUUAGCCAAUUUCUUACGGCAUGCUCAUGGUGUGAGAAUAAAACAUGCUUAUGCCCGCUUGUUUGUGCGGCUAUUUAUGCCUAUUGCGGGGCUUAGUGAGAUAAUUAGGCAUUUAUUUCCGCAAAAUCGCCGGUCUGUUUAUGUCAAUUUGGAUUUAUUUGUACAAUUCAUUCAUUUUGUUGGAAUACGUCAUCAUGAUUAUUGUAUGAAAAAUCUUAUAUUCAUGCUGAUGAAUUCAGAAAAUAUAGCCAAUUCUAAUACAUCUGCAUUGGAACUAAUUGCACCUGAAAGAAUGAGAAUUGGAAUAAGAUCGUUUAUGAUGAUAUUAUACAGCAUGCAGACUUCAGAAUUGAGGCCACCGUUUCCUAGUAAUCCGGAUCUAUUUGACCAAAGACAGGGUCUUGGCAUAAAGAUUUCUUCCGAUAUUCUUUCUGAUGAUAUUUUUAACCAAGCUGGGUUAAAAGAAAAUGUUGAUAGGUUUUGUGACAUUAGUUAUAGAGUAGCUGUUAUUUUAGAUCAACAUUUUGGCCAUUUAACUGUAUUGGACGAAAGAAAUUUAACGAAAG